GAAUUCUCACGAUCCAACAGGCAAAAGCUAUCCACUUCUCUGUUUUAUUAUAACCUUCUCCAUGGAGUUUCUUUGCUGUUUCAGUCUCCGGACAAUUUAACACAAAUCACAAUCCACAGUUACGCCUUGCAUGUACAUACCUUCAAUUAACGCCCCGUUCGAUAUCCCAGAGGCUAUAGCUAUCUAUUUUUUAUUUGUUCACGUUUUGAUUGCUUCUCCAUUUCUGGGUACAUUAAAUUCGCCGAAGGUUCUAUUCCUUGUUCCUUUCUUUGGUUCCCCUUGAAAUCUGAUUCGAGUCUGCACAUGAGAAGAGAACUUUUUAUGACACCCUCUAAGAUCGGCUUCUCGGGUUUGUAACUAUAUUCCACGGCGUGCUUUUCCUCUUUAUUUAAUUUUUUACGGUGAAUCAUAGCUUCUGGGAUAUGGGUUUGAGAGUGUAUCAGAGUCCCAAGCGUAUGCAAAGUUCCUUUUUCGGAGCCCCUCGUUCUGUGUGUCGUCCAUCUAAGCUACCUUCUGUGUUUCCUUCUUGGUCACCGAGACAUUUCAGUGAUAGUAACGUUGCUCUGUCUUUGCGCUUGGUUCAUCGAUUACCUUUUUGUGGCUCACAGGUUUUGAGACAUGAAAGAGUAAAACGAACUUGCACUGCCCAUUCUGGGGAAUGUUUCGAUGAGAUGAAUCUGGUUGAGCAAGUUGCGAAGGAAUUGGAUAUCCCAUUCGAAGCAGAUGAAAAUGACGAGAGAGUCAUGGAAAUGGUUCAGACAGUCUGUGAGGAAACCCAAAACAUACAGCGGCUAAAUAGCUCGGGAAAGAUUUCCAAGGAGCAAUUUUGGACAGUGAAGCUUGAUGUUAUGGAGCCUUCUGUGUUCGGCAUUGAGCCAGAGCCACCACGCAGGCUAGAAAGAGAGAAAAUGCUAAGCGCGGACUUUGAAAGGAGAGCGAACUAUUUGGGAAUUCCUUUCUCGAUUCGGAUGAUUCAGAAGAAGCUGCAGUGGCAAAAGAAUCUGAAAGAAGCGAGUAAAUGUACUCCCUGUUCUGUGAAGAAGACCUUCUCGUCCUUGGUCUUCAUCCUCCACGAGCUUCAAAAUUACGCCCUGCAAAUAAGAGAAAGCAUGUACAGCGAGGAUUUGCAGGGGAUGGUGGGAAAAUUCCAAAGUGAUAUUGAUGAUUCCUUCGUAUGCCUCUUCCAGAAGAUUCUGUGCAAGACACCAAGUCUUAUGGUCUAUACCAUGGUCCUCCUAGCGAACUUCUCUAUGUUCUCGAUGAAUAAAAACAAUGCCCUUGCAGCCACUCCUUUGAUUACAGAGGUACAGACGUUGACCGACAACAAGAGUGAAGAAGGUUCAGAAAUUUAUGUCGACGCUGUUUCUGAGGAGAUUUUAUGGAAUUCGAUGCUGGAGGAAGCUCAUAAAUUGCAAGAAGAAAUAAGGAAUGAGGCUUUGGACAGCGAGAAAAUGAAAAUGUUGGUAGCUCCUGUGUCUGUGGAGCUUGAAGGAGAUGCAUACGAGGAAUAUAAAAGAACAGAGCUCUACUACAAAGAGCACAUAAGUUGGGCACCUCAUAGCUCUCUUCUGCUUUCUAACUAUGCACAGUUCCUCUACCUUGUUUAUCAUGACGUUGACAAGGCAGAAGAGUACUUCAGGCGUGCAGUGAUGGUGAAGCCACAAGAUGCAGAGGCAUUGAGUAGAUAUGCCGACUUCUUGUGUCUGGUAAGAAAGGAUCUAAAAGAAGCAGAAGUGAGAUACCUAGAAGCAAUGGAGGUUGAUCCUGAAAGCGCUCAUUACAAGUCCAAGUAUGCUAGUUUUAUUUGGAGCACCAGCGAACAAGGAACUUGUUCUCCUUCCUCGGAAAACUCCAACGGCUUCGACCCAGUCCUAUGAUCCGCAUCCCGGAUGCGAGAUGUUAUGUUGAGUUUUGACUUUGAUAUGACAUUAUCCAACGUUUCACCAACACGCCUCAUCGCUUUCAUUGAUGUCAGUGAAAUGUCUGUAUACAUGGCAUUACUUACAUAUACUAAAUUACUUUAACCA